CUUCUCCAAAGCAGCUCACUGGACGCCAGAGAGCGACGAGGAGUAGAGAGUACCUGUUGUGCGAGUGAGAAGUUGUUAUCAUCCCGAGAACCAGCUGAUCGUAUAACAGUCUCGGUCAGAUGGACUUCCAGCAAAGAUCCAGUCUUACUAUCGUGCCAGCAACCACUGAUCAGGGACUUCUUUUUUGGAGCCAAAGACCUCAGCCGACCCCCACAGCUCCCGAAUUGCCGUCUAAUUGAUGUCCCCGGGGAUCCUGAAGGGUCCAUCUACCCCCCGGGUAGACAGACCUCCGGUCACCAUAUCUACGUCAGUCCGGCUCUCCGCACAACAUGGCCACAGGAACGGAGUAGGCAAACAAGCCAGGAUGUCCACUGGUCUGCUCACAGGAUGUCGUCAACGUACGCUGAAGUGCAUCAACUGUCGUCCGUUCCUCAUCGCCAUCUGUGCUCUGGUUGUGGUGGAGUGCGCAUGCGUGCUGGCUGAGCUCAUGGUGGAUCUGCAAGGAAUUAAGUUUCGCUUUGAGAACGAGGAGCUGGAGAUAAAGCGAUUCGUAUUACACUUACGGACGAAAUACCCCGGGGCUUUCUCCGAUGACAGGGCGAGGACUAUGACCGACGUCAUCAACUUGUUGGAUCAAGCCAUCGUUCUGCGCACGCGCCAAGACCUAUUGACCCCGCCUAAAGCUCCGUGCUUCUGCCCAUGCGCGAACGAGACUUCAGGCCCCGCCGCUGCCCUGAGAAAUUCAAUGUCGCCAGCCGGGUCAAAACAGAUGAAAUCCCACGGUAAAGUGCAGCCCUUGGGAGUAGUAGAUGGUGGGGAUUUAUCACGGGUACCGCGUCAAAAAGCUCAGCCUGACAAGUACGAUAAAACACGUCAGGAGAUGAUUUUUACAACUCCGAACGUUGAGCUUACUCAUACGCAGAUUGAUAUUACUUCUUCUUCUUCUUCUUCUUCUUCUUCUUCUUCUUCUUCUUCUUCUUCUUCUUCUUCUUCAAUGUCGUCGCCGCCAUCAUCGGCAUUAUCAUCAAAACUCACUACUGCACAAGCCGGUGAUGUCACAACAGGAGCACAUGACUUUGGGCAAGCGGGAAGUGAGAGUCGUUUCCGGCGAUCCAGCGGAAAUCAUGACGCACCCAAAAUGGAAACUGUCAACACAUCUGGGUCGAAACAGAUGUUGUUGCAUUCGCGAGUUGCCAGUUUCUCGCUUAAUACACCACCUCCAGGAGACCCUUUGCUACGUUUGAACUGGAAAGGAAAUCAUCCAGUGUUGUCAAAUACUUCAGAACAGUCUUCUGGGAAAAGCCAGUUUGUGUUUUCUUUCUCACAGAAGAUCCACAGAGCUUUACGAGAAGUAGGGCUUCAGAGACUCGCUCUCGGGAGGCGCUUAAUGGGUGUGGCUAUCGAAAAUGACCAGCCCACACCUGCUGGCCAUCCAAUCAGCAACGUCAUUUCAACGCAUCUACCCAAUCACGAUGCAAUGACGACAACGGAAGCAGAGGCAGUAACAAUCUCCUCACCGUCGUUACAAUCGGGUUUUUCCGCACACAAGUCCACCGCUGACCCAGUAAAGGGUUGGGUCCAGCAAACGACAAAGGAUACCGUUCUUGGGGCAAUAACUCCUGAAUCAGACUCUGAAGACAGUUUACAGAAUCACAAUGAAGGAUCUUCUCCGUCAGACGUCCCUACACGCACCAGCGUCACAGAUCCUCCAGCCUCUCCGGCCCCCAUCUCAAAAAGGGCGACGGGCACUCUAACACCAGACUCUCAGGUUUUCACUAAACGGGAGGACGAUAUCCAAAACUCAAACAUGAAAAAUGGUCGUGACCCCGAAGGGUCAUUAUCAAGACAACAGCAAGCCGGAGAACAAUUUCUCAAUAUCCAGGAAAGCGACAUUCCAGAGAGUGUCGAUCGUAACACGUCAGGGAAUAAAUCUGUUUCUAACGCCUCUUUAUCUCAAAGAGCCCCUUUACCUCUCCCUCAAAAUGCUGCUGUACAUCAGUUCCAAGACGCCCCAGUACCUCAAUCCCAAAACCCCCCAUCACCGCAGAUCGAAAACGCCCCCUUACCCCUGUCCCAAAAAGCACCUCCGCCAUUUUCCCAAUCCAAACCACCAAAUGGCUCGUCCUCCAGCCCCGGCACAAAUCACUUGACGUCCCUGGGUGAUGUCUUUGUACUGGAGAUCAACAACGUUAUCGACAGCUUCUUCCUGGUGGCCGAGUUCUUGCCUGACCACCACGGAAGUAACGACACAAAGUUCAUCCAGUACAACUCGGAGUACAGGAAAAUAUACAAGACCAGUAAAGCUCUGCAUUUUAUCAGUCUAUCAAUUCUCUCCGUAAUGGUGUUGGAGACUGCCGUGAAGCUAUUCUGCACAGGGUGUGGAUUUUUCAAGAAGAAGUUUGAGGUAUUUGACGCGUUCAUCGUGGUCUCCUCGUUUGCGCUGGACUUUGUGUUCCUGGACAGCCGCUGGUACGAGACAGGCAAAGACGCCACAACUAUACUGGUGCUGCUCCUGCCCUGGAGAGUCGUCAGGAUUGUCAACAGUUUUUUGAUGACGAUGAAACACAAGCACCACCUUCAAAUGAUGAACAUGAAACGAGCUAAAAAGAAAGCGGAGUUGAAAUCGGCAAAGUUGCAGACACUUUUGUCUGAAGUGAGGAAAGACGUUCAACUUCUCGUGGCGCUGUGUAGGAGUCACGACAUUGAAGAGAAAGAUGUCCAGGCCUGUCUAUAUGGCAAAGGUCGGCGCAGUGUGACCUUGAGCGCCAUGUCUACGUGCACAUCUCUCAUGCUCAUCUCCACGCUGGGCAAAGACGCGAUACAGGAAGAUGACAUCUAUGGGAAAGUAUUCAAAGAAGCGCUGAACGAAGGCGACAACGCCGAGAUAGACACUGAGAUCAAACAGGCAGAGGAAGCCGCCAUUGACGCCGCUAUAGAGUUGGAUGAGCAGAUAGAGGCGAGGAAAAAGUCACGGAAAUACAAGUCGAAGAAGGCCCUGGUGAAGCGUAGCUACACCGUGCCACGUCGGUCAGCCAGUGUGGAGAUCCCAGACCCAGACAUCAAUGAGAACAACAGUAACAUUUUCUACGUGAACGACGGCUAUCUCACAG